GGAAAAAAUUAAUCACUAAAGAUACAUAAAAACGCUAGAUAGACAGAUAGGUCGAUGAUCGAUAGGUAGGAGUACUCAGUUUUCCUUUGGUCUUGGGUUCCAAUAUGUCUCAGCGUGGCACCAGCGGAUUCUGUUUUAUUUAAAAUGCUGAUAUUUUGUUCGUCAUGGAUUUUUUCAUUAAUUUUGAUAGUGCGUUAAAAUAUUAUUUAUCUUGAUUACUGAGGCUUUUGGUGUCCCCUUAAAUUUUGUGCCCAAGGUGAGUGCUUCACUCUCCUCACCCUAAUCCCAGCCUGUUAUCAUCUUAUCUUAAAACUCAGAGGACACCAGAAAAUGCCCUCUUUCACAGAGCAGCUUCACCCCGAGAAGAACUGAGCUCCCUCCCUGCCUUUCUCCUCUUUCUUUUGGGAUCGCUUACUUGACCUGCAGCCUGAGUUGCAGGGCCAGGAAAGCCUGGGGUCUUGGAUUCGGCCGUGUGUACCUGACUACCGUCUUCCUGUAGAGGGGGCUGUGGAGCCCAGAGACCUCGGGAGGGAGGAGGAGCCUUAGGUGGAACUGGGCUAGCGCCCGCGGUAUUUUGCCUUUCCCUGCCAGUAGGUCUGUUAUGAAAUCAUUGCCUUUCUAUCUGCCUUCGGGGCUGAAAUAAAUCUAUAAUCCCCAAAUAACCCAUGUGUUUUUGGUGGCUCAGCUAAAACUUCUCUGAAGUCCUCUUUCCCCCAGUUCCCCUGUGGGUUUAGGGGACCAGGAGGGUGAGCAACACGGGCAUUCUGGAAGGAAAGACUCUGUACGUUAUUUCGCCAAAACGAGUUUUGACAUUUUCCCUGAAAUGUCGUCCUCUGUCUAUUCACUGCAAGUGCCUGCUGCUCCAGGCUUUGUGUGCCGGGCAAUGACGACGGGGCUGGGGUGGGGACAGGAUAAAGGAGCUGGGAUCUGUAGCACCAACUCACACCCAGACCCUGAACAAGCACAGGAAGGGAAGGCUUCUCUUCCAGGAGGCUCAGCAGUUCUUCUUAGUAAGUUACAUGAAUGGGCCAGACCCUGGGAAGCCAGAUAAAGCUAUUAAGUUUCACUCUCAGGGGACACCUGGGAGAGGCUUGUCCCUGGUGACUGGGUUGGCUUCUUAAGGCACGAGAUGGGGAAAUCAUUAAAGUCGGGCUCUUUCCUGUGAAUCCCCAGCUCCCGUGGUCUCCAGAUUGCAGCACAAGAUGGACGGCUCUGGUCUUGCCCUCUGCCUUCUUGCUGCUGUGUUUUGCCUCUUCUGGACACCGUCUGCUGGGCUGAAGACACUCCAUUUGGGAAGCUGUGUGAUCACCACAAACCUUCAGGAAAUGCGAAAUGGAUUUUCUGAGAUACGGGACCGCGUGCUAGCUGAAGAUGAGAUCAUUGACGUCAGAAUCUUGAGGAAGAUGGUGUCUUUGCAAGACACAGAGCCUGCAGGUCAGUGCUGCCUCCUCCGCCAUGUCCUGAGACUCUACCUGGACAAAGUCUUCAAAAACUACCAGACCCCUGACCACCACAUCCUCCGGAAGCUCAGCAGUCUUGCCAACUCUUUUCUUACCAUUAAGAAGGACCUGCGGCUGUGUCAUGACCGUAUGACAUGCCCUUGUUGGGAGGAAGCAAUGGAGAAAUACAGCCGGAUUCUGAGUCACUUCGAAGAGCUUAAGCCUCGGGAAGCGGUGGUGAAGGCUUUGGGAGAGCUCGACAUUCUCCUGCGAUGGAUGGAGGAGGCGGAAUAGGAAAAGGAUGACACGGCUGAGUGUAUUCCUGGCCAAGAGUCCCAGCCCUUAGUCCAUGUGGAAGCAGGACCCCAAAACACCAUCUCUUUGUUUUGUAAUUUAGUGCUGGUCACUGUGUACCUUAUUUAUUUAUUAUUGGUUUCUUUAUUGUGGUUGUCUUCAUGUGUCCCCAUUCUUAAUCUAGAUCACGGUUUUAUAAGAUUUUAGCAACAUCUUUUCUACUGUUGGAUAUAUUUAUCAGUUAACAUUUUUAUUUAUUUUUGCUAUUUAACUUAUUUUUGUACUUGAUGUAAGACUUUCUAAAAAAAAUUCCUGGAUUAUAUUUAUAGCCUGACUAGAGCAUGUCACGUAUUUCCGUACAGUAAACAAACUCUAUAAAUUCUAGAGGAGCAGCUCAGGGGGUUAUUGGUUUUUAUCAAAUUAAGGACAUCUUUACUGAUGCCAGUGCUCUCUGAGAACCAAUGGCUACUCCGUGUGGGUCGUGCAAGAAGUUCCGCAGUGAAAUUGCAGCCUUGUCUUACAGUUAUUGACCACACUACCCAACUCCCCAAACCCAUACUUGCGUGUCUUCCAGCUGUGAAAUCUGGU